AUGGCACGGAAAGUAGUCGGCAUAGGGAGAUAUCUCCGAAUCUUGAGGUGCGAGCACAAAUCAGUCUUGUCUCUGAGCGAUGCUGACUACGAGAAGAUGCGGAGCGAUAAUCCUCGACAACGACGACUUCUCCCCGUCACUUCUUGUCCUCGGCCUAUGAGGCUUGAGAUGAGUCCUUGGCAGAGUAAAACGGCCGACAACAAGACGAAAAGAUGA